CUCAGAUGCAAUAUAAAACGGUUCAGUUGCAGUAGUUCUCUCGGCCACAGUGCACUCUGCAAACUCCCCUGAACGCAACUUCACUCUCGUUUCGAGGCACAAUGGUGAAACGUGUGGCAGUGAUCCUGGCUGGCUGCGGUGUGUUUGAUGGCACAGAGAUCAAUGAGGCCUGUGCCGUGCUGGUGCACCUGAGUCGUGCUGGAGCUGAGGUGAAGAUGUUUGCUCCGAAUGUGGACCAGAUGGAUGUGGUGAACCACUGUGAGGGAAAUCCCCAGACAGAGAAGCGCAACGUGCUGCUGGAAAGUGCCCGCAUCGCUCGUGGCAAAGUCACUGACCUGGCCAAGCUGGACGUAGACGCCUUUGAUGUCCUCAUCAUCCCAGGUGGAUUUGGAGUGGCCAAGAACCUGAGUGACUGGGCGACGAAGGGGAAGGACUUCUCUGUGAAGCCUGAGGUGGAGAAGGUGAUCAAGAGCUUCCACAAGGCGGGCAAACCCAUCGCUAUGUGCUGCAUUUCACCCGUGCUGGCCGCCAAGGUGCUGCCAGGCUGCGAGGUCACCGUGGGCCACGACUGCGAGAGCGAGAAGUGGCCCAGUGCGGGGACCGCCAAAACCCUGUGUGAGAUGGGCUGCAAACACGUGAACAAGGACGUGACGGAGGCCCACGUCGAUACGAAAAACAAACUGGUGACCACCAGUGCUUUCAUGUGCAAUGCCCCACUCCAUGAGGUGUUUGACGGAGUGGGUGUCAUGGUUACUGAGGUUCUGAAAUUGAUUUAAUAUGUCUGAAACUUGUCGGCUGUAGUUUGUGUUGGUGUUAGACACUUGGAUUCAUGCUCUUUUUAUAGUUUAUUUAUAAAACAGGCAGCUUGUGUUUGUGCUGAUUUAGUUGUGUUUUAUGCAGAACUUCAGCCAUUUCUGAAAAAGACAUUAUAGCCUUAAUGCUUGUGUUGUGUUCAUUUGAACCAUGUAAGACAUUAUAUGAAUACAAUUAUUUGUGAAUUAAUUUUAUAUUAUACAUGAUUUCUUUAUGUUUUCAUCAAUACUGAUCCAUUAAACCAGUCAUACAAUUUGAUUUUUAUUUGG